AUGGCAACACCCGAAAGCUUUGCGUUAAUGAUAUGGAUUAAUGACAACCCAGUGACUGGAAAUGCUGUAAGAAUUCGACAAAUAGUGGAGCCAAGAAAGGCAUAUCAUGAAUAUCGUGAUGGAGAGACCGUGAAAGUAAAACUUGCAAGAUUUGGGAUUGUUGAAGGGGUCAUUGCAAAACUUGGCGAUGGCACUGAGGAAUCUAAGAAAAUAUUAGAGAAGGAAAUUGACAGCCCAAAAUUUAUUGACUUAGUAAAAAAAUACUGCCCAAAUGUCCAGAGGUCUGAAACUGUAACAGAAGAAACAGCCAGUGCAAAUACUGCACUAUGUACUGCAGAAAAUAAGAAAAGAAAGUCAUCCAAGCCAAGAGCUAUCACUGAGAAAAAGAAGAAGUAUGAUUUGGAAAAAGCUGGUGAGGAACUGCAACUAGCUAAAUUGAAAGAGCAGGUUCACACAGGAAGUCAGAACACACAUUCAAGGGAUGUAACGCCUCCAUUACUUACAGAAAUUAGAAAAUCAACAGAGUCAAGUCAUCCAUUUAAUACUAGUACUAAUUCAGCUAUAAAUACUGGGGAUGAAACACUUCCAUUACAAACAGAAAUUGAAAGAUCUGCAGAGCCAUGCCCACCACUUAUUUCUAAUACCAAUUCAGGUUUAGAUAUUGGGGAAGUCUCAAUUCCAUUUCAAAUAGAAACAAGUAGGUCAACAGAGGGAUGUCAUCAACUUUCUUCCAGUACCAGUUCAGCUGUAGAUAUUGGUGGUCCUGAAUCAGUUUUCAGCACUGUGCGCAAAAGCAUAGAUGUUGUUUCACAUCAGGGUAUUGGCAUGGUGGAUCUUCUUAACCAGCCACUUGAACAGCAAAGAGAAUGUGACGGUUGUUCUCACUUAAAACAAGAAGUUGCCAACUUGCGGCAGUAUGUUUUAUGGCUGGAAGGUAGAGCUAUGACAGAGAUCCAGAAUUUAAGAAGUUCAAUUUCAUGGCUCUUUGAAAAUCAAAAGGAUGAGAGCAAGAAUGUUGACAGACAGAUAGGGGAAUCAGUGACAAACAAGUUCUUUACUGAAACCAAACCUGCAGACCAAGCCAGUGAGAUGGAAGUUUUAGUCGAAUCAAUUGAAGAGCAUCCCAAUACAUUUUACAAUAAUUUCACAAAGGCACAGUUAAGGGUUAUUGCACAUGCAGAAAAAUCAUUUUCAAAAGCAGCCAAGGCCCUUUUCAGAAAAAUGUUUACCAUGGAGGAAGUGAAAGGAAGAAGCCUUUCUGGUUUUGCUCCAAAUAAAAACACACCAGCCAAGCCUGCUUUGGAAAACCAGGAGAAACUGCAGGCUUUAUACAAGAUUGUCCAGGAGAAAUGGCCAUGGGCAUCAAAGGCAAUGAUCAACCUCAAAUUGGCUGACCUACUCAAACCAAGCUAUCAACCAAAAAGUUCUAACUGAACAUUAACUGUUAAUAUUUACCAUUAAAGACUACUAACUUAACUUUUCAUUUGUAGUGCAUUUCUAUUUACUUCACUUUGACAUCUAUUAAUGUUUCAGUGAGUCAUGUGAUCAUUUUUUGCUCUGUAUUAUCAUUAAGAAAUUUCCCAAGUCUUUAAAAGGACAACAUUAUUGUUGUUUUUUUUUCAGAAUAUUUCAUUGGUUGUAAUAUUUACUGAUUUUCCAUGGAUAUUAUAGAAAUUUCCAAGGUUUUUCUCAAAUAAACCUUGGAAAAUGAUCUUGAUGCUAUAGAAAGAAUCCUCUGAAAAUAUUACAGUAUUCUGGGUUUUUGAGAAAUUUUCCGAGGUUUUCAUUUGAAAACCUUGGAAAACAAACCACGGAAACACUUUAAAAAUCCUUGGAAAUCGUUCCAAUACUCCGAGGUCACUCAUUUUACAAGGUUUUCUUAAAAAUUCCUCGGAAAUUAUUUUACGAGGUUUUUAUUCUGAAAUCCUUGGAAAUCGUUCCAAUACUCCGAGGUCACUCAUUUUACAAGGUUUUCUUAAAAAUUCCUCGGAAAUUAUUUUACGAGGUUUUUCUUCUGAAAUCCUUGGAAAUCGUUCCAAUACUCCGAGGUCUUACUUUUUACGAGGUUUUUAACCACGGAAAUUUUUUUUACAAGGUUUUUUUUUGCCCUCUCCCAAUUUUUCCAAGGUUUUUUUUUAAAGCAAACUUUUGCAUUUUCUUGUUCCAAUACUCCGAGGUUUUUUUCCAAGGAUUUUGAGCCAAAAACCUCGGAAUAUCUACA